ACUGGAUGGAAAGAAAGCAAAAGUGACAGACAACAAGACGACAAAAUGAUAACCUCUCUCUCACCUACCCUCUCAUCACCCUGGUUAUGGCUCAUAAUUGGCAGUGUGGCGCUAGCGUACGCCAGGCUUGCCCAGCGUCGUCCGUCUUCUUUGUCGAAAUACCCCCUCUUCCACCAGCGGCGGUGGUUCGACGUCUGGGGCGUCUGGGAGCGAGGCGAGUUUUUGCUCAAAGGUGCCAACCAGGCAAUAGCCAAAGCCGCUCAGCACUAUGGGAUCGGAGAGCCCUUUUGCAUGAGGGACCCGUGGGGCGAGAUAUUGGUACUGCCUGCAGAGCAUGCACAUUAUCUCAAGAGCAAUACCGGGUUUGCUUUUGAGCCGUUUUUCAACGCGAGAACACACGCAUCACUCAAUGAUGGCUUGGCCGGUUUCCUAGAGCUUGCGAAACUGCCGAAUAUCGUCAGCCAGGGGGUCAAGGCAAACUUGACCCAAGUUUCUCAAAAACAGCUCAAUGAUCUAUCCGAGGACACUCUGUCGGCCAUAGACGACCUCGUACCAGCUGGAGACGGCAACUGGGGGGAAAUCCCAGUGUCGGACGUGGUGGUCAAGAUCGUACAUAGGGUAUCGAGCCGGACCUUUCUCGGCAACGACGGGCCGCGCAACACACAAUGGCUGGACCUGGCGCAGACCUACACUCCCGACAUCUCGCUGGCUGGAUUCAUCCUGGACCUGGUCCCGCCUCUGCUCCGGCCGCUGGCCCAGUGGUGCAUCCCGGCCAUGCACCGGGGACGCCGGCAGCUCGCGACGGCCCGCGGCCUUGUGGCGGCCAUGAUUGACGAGCGGCGGCGGCGGCAGGAGGUGCAGCCGGUGUCGUCGGACGGCGGGGAGAAGAAGCAGGUGGUGGGCAGCGACGACGCCAUUGGGUGGUUCGACCGCGCGGCCGGCGGGGACGCCCGGCUCUACGACGCGGCGGCGGCGCAGCUGGCUCUGACGUUUGUGGCCGACCACACCUCGGCAAACUUUAUCGCCAAGGCGCUCCUGGACCUCGCCCGCCAUCCCGAGGUGGUUCGCGAGCUGCGGCGGGAAAUUGAGAGGGAGGUGAGCGGUCUGGGAUGGGCCGGCUGGGAAAAGGCAAACCUGCACCGGAUGAAGCUGUUGGACAGCGUUAUCAAGGAGAGCAUGCGGCUUCAACCCAUAUUUUUUGCUUCGAUGCUGGGAGCCGUCACCCAGGAGAUGAGCCUCAAGGACGGCACCGUCCUCCCGGUCGGUACGAGGAUUGCCGUCUCGGGGGACGGGAACCGCGACCCAGAGGUCUACGACAAGCCAGACGAGUGGGACGGGUAUCGCUACUACAAGAUGCGACAGGGCGGAGAGAGGGAGGACAUGGCACAGCUCGCUUGCGCCACCACCGAGCACGCCGGGUUCGGCGUCGGCAAGCAUUCGUGCCCCGGGAGGUUCUAUGCCGCCGACUUCAUGAAGAUUAUCCUGUGCCACCUGCUGAUGAGGUAUGACUGGAAAGUAUCCGAGGCUGGUCCCGAGACUGUGGUCAUGGGUUGGACUCAGAUGGUUCACCCGGAGGCCAAGAUCCUGCUACGACGACGUAGUUAG